GGGAGGCGGCCCCGUCCUUCCGUCCCUCCUUCCCGCCCGCAGCCUCCUCCCAGGCGGGGGCUGUGCGAGGUCAGCCCUGCCGGGAGCCCCGGCCGUGCGCCGUGCUGCGCCCGGCCCUGGAGAGAGGCCCGGGCCGCGGGAGAGCUCCUGCGGGGCCGGGCGGGAGGAGCAGGCGGAAGGUAACGCGGGCCGGCGGGUCCCGGGCAGGGCCAAGCAGCGGGGUGCUGAGCUAUUUGAUUAACAAAAUGAAGCCUGCAAAGCUGCACUAUUGGAUUCUAGGUUGGUUUUCUAUGGCAUUAUGUUGUUGGUGUGCUUCAGAUAAAUUCACUCAAAGUGAAAGCCACCCUCAUACCUGGAAAAAGCUGUAUCUUGCUCAUCAUUGGCCAGUGACUGUAUGUAAGAUGAGCGCUAAUGAUUGUCAAGACCCUCCAGAGUACUGGACAAUCCAUGGACUAUGGCCUGACAAAACUGAAGAAUGUAAUAGGACAUGGCAUUUCAAUGUCACCGAGAUUAAGGAUCUUCUGUCAGACAUGAGACGCUAUUGGCCUGAUGUGCUUCAUUCGUCUCUGAAUCGCACCCAGUUCUGGAAGCAUGAAUGGGAGAAACAUGGCACUUGUGCAGCCACGCUUCAGGUCCUUAAUUCUCAGAAGAAAUACUUUGGUAAAGCCUUAGAACUCUACCAGCAUGUUGAUCUUAACAGUUGUCUCCUGAAAGCUGGGAUAAAGCCAAGCAGUUCAUAUUACCAGAUGACUGCCAUAAAGGAAGCUCUUACAAGGUUUUAUGGUGUAACGCCAAAGAUCCAAUGUCUUCCUCCAGAAGAGGGUGAAAAAGCACAAACAAUUGGUCAGAUUGAAUUCUGCUUCACCAAAGAACUGCAGCUGAGAAACUGCACGGCGCUGAAGGGUGAAUCCAACCCAAUGCAGGCUGACUUGAAGCUUGGAACUGAGGAGUUGUCUGUCUGCAGUGAUACUCUCCCAACCUAUUAUCCUUCACAGGUCCAAGAUCACAAAUGAAGCCAUAAGAGUUCAAAAAACUUUUUAAACAGCAACAAAAACCAAACCCUUAAACACUAUUCCUUGGAAAGCAGUCUUGACUUAGCAAAAGCCCUGUCAUGCUGUGAAGAUUUCUGCUGGAAAACUUGCUUCUUUUGCCAUUAAAGGAGAAUUGUCUAUAUUGUAAUACCAGUUACACAGGCUGAAGUAUUGAAUUGUGGCUCUGAUAUUGAUGGGAUCAGAAUCUGAUUUACAGCUUUGCCUGGACUUUUUGGCUUGCUUAUGGUUUGAAUCAAUAUUCAAAAGAGAACUGUGACUUCUUAGUUUCACCUGCAGUUCAGUCUGCCACUUCAGCCACUUUUGGGUUUUGCCAGUGAGUCAGGGAAAUUAAGUCAUUGUUUGUUUUGAAAGAAUGCUUGUCUCUCUGAGAUGAGAUGACGAUUUCUUGAGAAGAAAAUAUCGUAAACAAAAAGAACUUAGAGACCUGUCUAAAGGUCUUUUCCCAGACAUAAUACCCACUGCCUUGUAUAAGUUUGCUCUCCAGAAGUGCUGAACAGAGUCCUCUGAGGCAUUAAACCUUUCCUCACUCAGAUCACGGCGGACCAAAGAUGACAACUUUUGCAUAACUUCUUAGUGAAUGAAAUAAUGUUCACCAGGUUUUGGUACUUCAGCCUAAAGGACCCCAGGAAGACUGUAUUUGUAGCCUUACCUAUUCUUUGAUUGAUUUUGCUACAGUAGCUCCAUACAGUCUUGAAGAACAGCCAGUCUUAGAACAUACUUGCUAGUAUAGGAAAAUGUUAGUCCCUAGAAAUAUGUUGUUACUAAUUUUUCAUUGUAUUUGAACAUUUAACAUUACCAGACAGGUGUGAGUGCCUGCACUUUUAUUUAAAAAUUAGAUAGUCACAUAAUCACUUUGUUCCAAGAAACAGCUUUUUGUAGGUAAAACAGUAAAUACUACAGGAUUUUCAGUGAAAAGUACAAAUGUUAGCAAUAGUGCAUCUCUAUCCCAUAAUAAUUAAUAACAUGCCACAAAGUUGGAUGUUUCCAAAGGGGACCAGAUUUGGAUGACAUCCUCUACACAGUGCUGUGUUGAUGUAAGUGUCUCAAAUUGUCUUUCAAAGACAGACAAUUAUGGCUCAAGGAGCCAUCUGUUAGAAGAAUAUUACUGUGAAAACAUGAAAUGGGGUAUUAGGAACAAAUUUGUUAUGUCUUUGGGGGUUCAGAAACCAUUCACAUUUACUUUCAUUUUUACUGUCCCUGUUUCUCUACCACCUUUCUUUCAUUUAAGGCUCUGUUACCUUGCCAUUCCAGAAUGCUGUCAGUUUUUUAGCACUUUCUUUAGAAACUCAGACAUUUAUUUAACAGCUGAGAAAUGAGUAUGAUCUGCAUUCUGUUAUAUUUGUAUUUCAAUAGAGCAAGAGCUUCUCUUCCAGAAUUUUUCUUCCUUCCCAAGAGGGGGAAUAUACUAAUGUAUACUAAUACUAUAUUAUUAUACUAAUGCUAAUCAGACCUAGUGUUUUUAUAGUAGCCAUGGCGUGUUAAGCAUGACCAGAAGAAUCACAAUUCUUCAUUCCCCUAUUUCUGCCAUCUUCUUCUGAGCAAGAAAAAGUAGGGAGACUGAACUAAAGUGCUUGAAAAGACUAGAAUGUACUUAUUUUUUGUGGAAUCUUUUUGAGAUCACUAACAUUUUUUUUCCUUCUAAUUACAAAAAUUAUCUUAGCCUAAAGAAAACAAAUACUUGUUGGGAAAAAUGCUGUUCUCUGCAAAGCAGCAGCCCAGGGCUCAUGUACGUUUUUAAACUUUCUCUCCAGCUCUUUCAAACAGUACUUAGAUGGUGCAUAGGUUUUGGGUGGACUACAUAGAGAGCAAACAACUUAAACUUAACAUUAAUUUACAAUUCACAUUAUAAGGUGUUUUGGUUUUAAAGAAGCCAGACUCUCCUUUUCCUCAAAAUUGUGCUAUUUUUUUAAUGGUUUGGAUUUUUUUGUCCUCUGGUGAAGUCCCCUCUUCUUUUCCUUUCAAAGUUCUUGGAGUGCAGCAGUGAGGGAAGUGGAAACAGAGGUUGGUAACUACUGUCAGACCAUCUCACAAACAUCUUGCUCAGUGCUUUUCAGUCACCAGUUCGGUUAUGAGCACAGUCCUUAAUUAGAACAAUAGACUUCUCAAAAUCUCACUAUAAAUAUUGCCGCCUUGGAUGAGCAGGUGCAGUAUAAAAAAAUCCAUGAAAUGUACAGCAACAUGCUGUACUGCCAAAGGAGUGAUUGUUGGGUUUUCCUGUUUUUCUGCAGUUGUUUUAAUUCCUUGGUCCUCUUCACAGUUAGAAGAAAAGCUCAAACUUGAAAGCAGUGGUAGCAUUGGUUCUUGCACAGACAUAUGCUUAAUGGAAGCUGAAAUCAAUAGCCUGAUUUUUUUUUCUUUUUUAAUUGCAGUAUAAAUUGGAUUUUCUUUUAUAAUGCCAAAUAAUGCUUUGGGAGACAAAAUACACAGUAUGACUUCUCUGCAGUUCAAGUGUAAUGCAUUAAUUUAAGCAAAGCCAACAAAUGCAAAUACAUACUUUGCAAGGAAGUGACACAGACACAGCUUUCACAGCGUGAGGCUCAAAGGUAAAGCUGACUUUUGCCAAAUAGAGUCAGUGGAUACAGACAAGAGUCAGAAAUGACCAGCUUCUGCAGUAGAGUAGGUAGUAUGGCUUCCAUGUGUUUUUCAGCCUCAUUUUCAAAUGCAAGACAUGUGAGGGAGCUGAUAAGUUUCAAAAGUUUGAGGAGAAACUAACAUAAUCUGAAAUGAGAAAGAGAGAGGAAGGAAGGGAGAUAGAAAAGCUAGCAGCAUGCUAAACAACAAUCUGCAACUGAGUAAAAAACGACUGAUGAAUGCUAUGUCAAGGUUGGCUAAAAAUAACCUCACGGGCUCUGAAGUCCUGUUUAAAGGGACUUACCUGAGGUACUGCACUUGCCUUAACAACCACACCUACAUUCUUUUUAUUUUGCCAACAGUAUUACACAUUAAAUAUAAAUUAAUGAUAGCAAAUUAAAAUCAGUAGUAGCAAUAAAACAUUAUAUAUGACCACCAUUGCUUGGUUUUUGACAAUCCCACCUGCCUAACUUCUAGGAAGAUACAAAUGUCUUUUAAGAGCUACUGACUGAUUUUUAUGCAGAGAAGUGCCAAGACACUAUAAAGUUUUAAGUGAUACAUUUAAGGGAUGCUUUAAGGCCUAUGUCUGGAUGUGGGCAACCAGGGGAGCAGUUGUAUGAAUGGUAGCACUGGUUCAGACCAAAGACCAUGUCCAGCCCUUUAUGUUCUCUCUAGCAAUGGCUCAUAGCCAGUUACCAGCCUUGGCAAUUGCUUUCCAUCAGAAUGUAUAUAAUUUCAAGAGUUGGAUUAAUGCAAUUUAAAUACAAGAGGUAAACAAAGGUAUAUCGGGAGCCUUAAAAAUUGCUUCAGUUCUGAAAAAUGUCACUCACUUCCUUAAGCAAAAUAAAAUCUAUCAGCCUGAA